AGCCAUUUUGGGGACGGUGUCAGUUUCUACGGAGCCACACUGCUGCAUUUUUCAAAGAGCCGAUUUUGGAGGCAAAGUAAUCAGGAACGCAAACACACCAUUCGGAACGCACAGCCAAAAGUCUGAAAUCUUCGACAACGGAGGACACUUUACGCACCUAAAGUGCACAGCAGGAGAAAAAUACGAAUUUUACGCAUCUGAAAUGAGCCCGGGGUUGCCUUGCACUCUCCGCAAUUGACAGCGUCUCUGCAGCUCGUUCGUUUCAAGAUGGCGGCUGAGCUCGAAUUAAUUUACUGCUGAUCGCCUCCUAACUUUCAUUGUCUCUCCGUCUCCAGUCUCGCAGAUCGCCAGCCGAGUCUCUAGGUCUCUUCCUUCCAUGACGAUGCAUCGAACGACCAGAAUUAAGAUAACUGAGCUGAACCCCCACCUCAUGUGUGUGCUGUGCGGUGGAUACUUUAUCGAUGCCACCACAAUUAUAGAAUGUCUUCAUUCAUUCUGCAAGAUGUGCAUUGUACGCUAUCUGGAGACCAGCAAGUAUUGUCCCAUCUGUGAUGUGCCAGUACACAAAACCAAACCUCUGCUCAAUAUAAGGUCUGACAAAACUCUACAAGACAUUGUCUACAAGCUGGUCCCUGGUCUCUUCAAAAAUGAGAUGAAGAGAAGGAGAGACUUUUACGCAGCACACCCUUCUGUAGAUGCAACGACAAGGUCUAAUGAGGAUCGAGGGGAGGUGGCUGACGAGGACAAGAGAAUCAUCACAGACGAUGAAAUCAUCAGCCUCUCCAUUGAGUUCUUCGACCACAACAAGGCUAAAAAGACAGGCGUGGCUGAGGACAAACAGUCUAAAGAACAGGUCAAUAAUAAGCGGUAUCUGCAGUGUCCUGCAGCCAUGACCAUCAUGCACCUGAGAAAGUUCCUCCGCAGUAAGAUGGACAUUCCUUGUACCUAUCAGGUUGAAGUGAUGUAUGAAGAUGAGCCCCUGAAAGAUUACUACACAUUAAUGGACGUAGCCUACAUCUACACUUGGAGAAGGAAUGGCCCUUUGCCGUUGAAGUACCGCGUCAGACCGAGCUGUAAGAAGAUGAAGAUGAGUCAUCCGCAGCAGGAGGGCCAGAACAGCACUGGUCGGUCCGCUGAGAGCGACUCUGCCAGCGACAAAGCCUGCAGCCCUGCCGGCGUCCCCUCCACCUCCUCCUUGCCCAGCCCUGGUACCCCGGUGCAGUCCCCACACUUCCCCCACAUCUCCAAACCCGUCAACGGCGCCUCCACCUCGGCCCCUGCCCCUACCAGACCAUUCCCCUUCGGAAACAAACCGCGGAAGGCCUCGCUGAAUGGUUCUUCUUUGUCCUCGGGACUGGCCUGAAAACCGGGCCAACAGCCAAUGCCAGACCGCUCUGCUAAUAUCUUCAUGCCAAUGUCGUUCCAUUGUUGUAGACGCUCUCUUUUUGUUAUCGUUGUUAUAAAUAUAUGAUAUAUGUUUAAUGUAGUGGAAGUGAAGCAUUUCUAUAGGAACAUAGCAGGGUGGGACAUUAAAGGAAAAAUCUACUCUAACAAUAUUUUAGUAUUUUUUUCCAUUAGUACACUUGAUUCAAUAAAAAAAUAUUUUGCAUGUUUGCAGUCAAGUUUUCAAGAUAGGAUGUUCAAGAAGCGAAUUGUCACUUGCCACAUCAACAUCAUGAUGAUGUGACAUUUUGCUUCUUCAACCUAUCUAGAACUUGACUACUGACAUGCUAAAUAAUCUGAGACUGUACAGUGGAAUAGUGAUGAUAAAAAUACAAUUUUUUAGUUUUCUGUGGAUUUUCCCUUUAGGUUAGUGAAAGGGAUGUUGGGCCAUGUGAAAAUGUUAGAUUGGUGGUGAAUGGCAAAUUUAAUGUCCCCCAAAAGCUGCAUUUUAUUCCACAGAUGUGACUGAAGAUGGCCUUUUAUAUUAUUUUCUUUCAAGUUUUUUUUUUCAAAUCAGAAUGCGUGUUGAUCCUAUUUUCAGUGUGUAUUUCGGCAUGGUGAUGAAACCUUGUAGGCUUUACUAAUAUUUGAAAUGGUUGCCUCUACAUUGUUCUUUCGAUUGGCUUUUGGAAAGCAUUUCACAAAGAAAUAUUAAUCUAUAUAAUGUGUAAACAACUAUUGUAGCUUUAGGUCCACGAUUUUAGGGGAAAACAUACGAAAUAUCUACGUAAAUGUAGCCUGCAAUGCUUUUAUUAGGCUAUACUCAAAAUUGAAAUCGAAUUGCUUAUAGCCUCAAACACCCUGAAGCCUUGCAGUCAUCAAGCAGUUCAGAAAGUCAACACACACACACACACACACAUGUAUAUAGCGAAAUAUAUGCAUAUUUAAUCAGCGAUUGUCAAAUACUUUGACCUGAACAGCCCCCCCCCUCCCCUUCAUUUCAUGCUCGAUGACAAAUGUUUUGAUGUCUCCCGUGUUCUUUGUAUCUAUCGCUCGAUUAUAUGGACAACUAUUGUAUUGUUACUGUUGCACAGCAUAAAAACAUCUGAAUAAAUCAUUUUACACUUAAA